UCUCUUUGCGAUCAGAAAAAUAUGGAAGCAGUAUGUUAAACUUUGCAGUCCUGUCUACUUGGUCGCUAUACAUUACCGAAGCAUCACUUUAAAUUAGCAUGAGGCGUUGAAAACUGGUCUUGUUUUACGAAAGAGCAAGUAAAAAUCGCAUAAGGUAUUUUCAUCACAAUGAAACUCUCUCUUUGUUCGCACGGAUUAAGUUUAAAGUUACGCCUUUGCCUCCCGAGGAACAGAUUUAUUUUCAUCGUGUUACUUGUUUGUCUUAUAUUUACUUAUUUCGUAAGCAUCAAAUAUCUGUAUCUAGGAACCAUAAAUAAUGUACUACAUGCUGAUACCUCCAGACACCCGUUUGACUGUGCAGCACUCAUAAGACAGGACGAAUUUGCUUUGUCGAACGCAGAAAACUACUCUGCCUUACAUCCACAUGUCUCAUUACCUAACGGAGAGUAUGCUGAAAACCUGUGUCAAAAUUGUGAUGAAUUUCGAAAACGUGGAAGGUAUAUCACUUUGAAGGAUGUUACAAAAGAAGAAGAAGACUUUCCUCUUGCUUAUUCCAUCGUACUUUACAAAGAACCCGAUCAAGUUGAAAACUUACUGAGGGCCAUUUACCGUCCACACAAUUAUUAUUGCAUUCACGUUGAUAAAAGUUCUGAUCCUUUGAUAUUGAGUGACAUGGAAGCGAUAGCAAAGUGUUUACCUAAUGUUUACAUUGCAUCUCGCAUUAUCGAUGUUGAAUGGGGAAUAUUUUCUCAAACGGAAGCUGAGUUAAUUUGCAUGAGGGAUUUGUUAAAAUAUAAAAAAUGGAAAUAUUUCAUAAAUUUAACGGGACAGGAAUAUCCGUUGAAAACCAACCUUCAAAUUGUACGAAUCCUUAAAGCGCUUAAAGGAGCUAACGAUAUUGAAGGAAUACGUGAUAAAAGUUUUGAAUUUCGGACAAAAUAUCACUAUGUUAAAUUUCAACAAAUGGGCCUGAAACCGCCUCCACCACAUAACAUUACAGUUUCAAAAGGAAGCGUACACAUUGCAGCAUCACGUGGUUAUGUAGAAUUUCUUAUCAUGGAUCGCCGAUCACAGGACUUUACUAAUUGGGUUCGGGAUACAAGAAACCCAGAUGAAACAUUAUUUUCAACAAUGAAUCACAACCCACAUCUGAGAGUACCUGGUUCUUUCAAUGGGACAGAAAUCCGUAAAAAACGUUUAAUUUCAAGAUUUAAACUUUGGCAGUUUGAGACAAGCAAUUGUCAUGGAAAGUGGUUAAGAACAGUUUGUGUUUUUGGACACGGUGAUUUGAAACAAUUAACAAAUUCGUCGAAACUAUUUGCAAACAAAUUUGAACAGCGCUUUAUGCCAAUGACGCUUCGUUGUCUCUCAGAAUGGCAUUAUAACAGAACACGAGAUGAAUAUAAUAGAAAAUAUGUAUUUAGUGCUAAAGCCUAUGAACAAAUGUUAGAAGUCCUUUUACGGAUACAAUAGUUUAGCGAACUAUUAUUGAAAUUGGUUAGAUGUAUCACUUAAAAUAUUUAUAUAAUUCUUCUUUCUUUGUUUAUCUUCAGUGCGUUGUUCAUAAAAGAUAUCUUGCUACGGAUGCUAAGUUUAAAGUACUGUAAACUAUAAUAUGAGGGAAUAUAGGAAGGAUAAUAGGAGGUUUAGAUCAAUAAAGUUUCGAAACGGUGUGAUAUGUUCUGCAGUACGUUAACCGAAACUUAUUCUAGUGAAGAACUUUUUUUGUUAAACUACAUGCGGGCUGUAAAAG